GAUUACUGUAGGCCUUAGAAUUUGAAACCCUGAGGAGGGAAUAUAACGUCAGUCGAGGAAGACAAUGGGCCAUCAUUCCAAUCCAAACCUAGCCGUUGUAGACUCAACGGCCAAAUGCCAUUGCCACCUACUAUAAAAAUUCAAAAUCUUCUUUCUCACCUCCACCUCCACCUCCAAAUCAAAUCCCAUUUGAUUCUCUGAAGCAAUUCAAACCUGAAACACAGAAAUGGCUGCCUCGAAAUCCAAUCUUAGGAGCUCUUGUUCCUUCCCAAAUCUUCUCCUCUCAUGUUUGAAUUUCACUCUUUUCAUACUCUCUGUCACUUCUCUAGUUCCCAUUAUCCUCCUCAGGAUGCCCCCAACUUCAAUGGGCAUGGCAUUCCUCAUGAUUUCUGGCAUCUCAGUUCUCUCCUCCUUUGUAGGCUUCUACUCUCAGCUCACCCACCUCUGCUUCAUAACCCAUGUUUCGCUUCUCCUUGCCUCACUGAUCGGACAAUUGCUUGGCAUAUUGGCCUUGUUUACCAAAGAGCGUUCUACCAUUUCAAUGCUCAAGUCGCCCCGGGACCCGAAAGAGGCCAAGCUUUUGGUGAGGUUGGAAUGUGGGGUUCUGAUGGCAAUGUUGAUGAUGCAGAUGGUAGUACUGGUGUUGAGCUGUGUGGUGCAGAGCUGCUGGGUGAGAGAGUAUGAGGGGUUGGAAGCUGAGAGAGAGGCCAUGACAAAGAAGAGGAGCCAGCGAAUCGCUAAAGUUCAAGAAGAAUCCAUUGAAAAUGCUGCAAAGAUAGCUGAGGUCAAGGCCAAGGAUUUGGAUGAGAAGAUGAAGAACAAGUAUGGACAGUGGGUGAAGACUGGUGAGUUUGAAGGCUAGGGGCAGUUUCUAAGUUGGAGCGUGUGUUGUUUGUGCUCUUUUCUUUUUUGGGGGGUUGUUCACUAUGGUUGAGGCCAUUGGGGGGCAUGUGAUGUAAAGCUUAUGACUUGUGAGUGUUAUUUUAAUGUAUUUUAAAGUGUUCAA